UAGCACACCAGUAGUAUCCCUGCAUCACCAGGAGACAAUACACAGUGCAUCAUCCAGGAAAAAAGUUAGACCUCCCAGUUAAACAUGACACGAACAAUCACAUUGCUGCUGAUAUCCCUAGGUGUGCUCCUUGCUCUGGUAACAGCACAAACAAUACCUGACUGUACAGAUGGCAAAGAAUAUGAUCUUUGUGGGACCGCCUGUCCACCAACCUGCGAUAACCCAGAUCCUGAAUGCAAUCUAUUGUGUGCUCCAGGUUGUUUCUGCCCAAACGGCACUGUAGAAACUGUCUGGGGUGAAUGUGUGGAAAAGGAUAAGUGCGAUGAAUGCAGCGGGAACACAACAUAUUCCAAUUGUGCCAAUAACUGCCCUGGUGUUCCAUCUCCCCCAGAUUGCCUUAGAAAAGCCUGUGUGGAAGGCUGUGCAUGUAACCCCGACUACGCGCUCAUACCUGGCACCAAGAGAUGUGUCCUUCCACAGGAUCUCCCCAAAGUUGGCUCCAACAAGUAAACCAUCCCAUGUGUGUCUUAUUAGCAAUCAUCAAAAUGUAAAGUGACCUCGUCCUAUUAUAUAGAGAUGUGUCUGAUGAAAAUAAAAUGAUUGCUGGCGUUGUUUUUUA